UGAUGCACACGAGCACAUCGUGAAGUUCACCGCAGGCGCUGCGAUCGAGUAGCAGGAGUCUACAGCACGCUUCAUUUGUGAGGGAUUGUGAACGUACAGUUUUUUUUCUUGUCAAAAAUCUGCCUAAAUCUUUGGGCAAUGUGAAAUUAUUACCAGUAUGUGAUGUAGUGACAUCAAUAGGACAUGCAAUUACCCUUAGAAGCGAACCAAAGCAUUUCCGUUUGAGGAACUUUAUUCACUACAGCUCGAUGUCAUCCAGAAGCCGGACGAUGCGCGUUAAACCCUUGAGAUAGAUAGCGGCUUUAAGCGCCUAAUUGCAUGAGACUUGCACUAUGCCUUCCCUACACCAGGGCGCUAUUUUUAUUGGGGUGUUUUUAAUAGUCACCGGUGGCUCCACCGCUUUUCUAACUUCUAACCAAAGUAGACUUCAGGCGUUCAGUAUGUGCUGCGUGGUGCUCGGGGCGGUGAUGCUGAUAUUAGGACUCUUCUGGGCUAUGAAUGGAAAAAGAAACCCCGUGCCGUACAAUGAAGAGUUCAGCCACGACUACAGCCAAGUCCUUUUCACCCCACCACCUGGAAGCCACUUUCCUGAAUCUCAGUCUGUUUUUCUGCACGGGACUUUGCAGAGGCGAGGUGUGUACGGUGAGGACUUGGACUAUCCUCCAAUGGAGCCAGCAUGCUUCAGUCCUUCCAGUCGGGGUCGGCCGCCUCACUGGGACAUGGAACCUCCUCCACCUUAUGAGGUGGCCAUCAAAACAACUACAAGCUCAACACGACUAAGACGCAGCUAUUCGGACACACACCUGCUGACUGAACCACUCUUUGGGCGCUCACGGGAGAUCAGUUUUGAGGUUUAACAUACAGUACAAAGACCAACGAUCCACAAGUUAUCGAGCAGGUGUUCUGAUCUUAAACCUGGGUUCAUCAACCUGGGACUUGUCAAUUUAAACGUAGUGUUAAUAUAAACGUGUAGCAGCACAGAAAACAAGUGAUUCAUCUUUUUCUUUAUUUUAAACAACAUCAUUUGUGAAAAACCAAAAAACACAUCCUAGCUUCAAGGCAUUUAAAUAUCUUAUCACUUUAACUUUAAAAAAAAAAUUGUGUGUGUAUGUAUGUGUGACACAGGCCACUGGAACAGAAGCGUUUACCUCCCAUAGGAUGCAUUUGUCCUCCACAGCCACUUUUUUCAACAACAAAAUGCAUGGUAUUUAAACUGAGCUAGAUCAGGGACAUUGAAAAGUGUUUUGUUGGUUUAUUUAUUUAUUUAUUUUGGAGACUCUCAGGGUGAAACAAUGUGUUACCUUUAUUGGACAUUUUCAUUGAAGAUAAGCACACAGUUGUUACAGUCUCAAAACGAAAAUCACAAGCUUGGCAGACUUAAGAGUUCUGGCCAAAGAGACGAUUUAUGCAUAAGGCAAAUAUUGUGGUGCAUGAUAAAGGGAGCCCAUCUCUGCUGAGAAAACCACAUAGCCACACAGUGCAUUACUUUGUUUAAUGGGGAACUAAUGCUCUGCUGAUAUUGUUUGAAAGGCUAUAAAACAUGACUUUCGCCAUCGCCACUUCCUCUGACUCAACCAUUAUAAUGAUAUUCAUCUUUUAACAAGGGCACUUCUGGGUAUUCCAUCAUCACAUGCUUUGCCCAUAUAUGGAAUGUUUAAUUCAAACUGCAGAGACAAUCAAUGUGAUGUUUGCAUCAGUUUUGUUGGCAUGCUAGAAUAUUUAUUUGAGAUGUUGUACUUUGUUUUUUUAUAAAAAUUAAAUCAUAAACUCUAAUUCACUUUUCUUGUUGUUUCCCAUGUGCCAUUAAAUGGAAAAGAUUGCAUAAACUGUUGCACUAUAGUCAUGAAGUGAAAAAAAGUUAAAAGAAAAACGUGAAAAAAGUAUGUCGU